AUGAAGAUAUUUUUAGCUCUCUUGUUUCUAACCGAAUCGGUGUUAGGCGACAAAUUAAGUCGUGGUUAUCUACCGCCUCCUGGUGCGCAUUUGUCAGCGGGAGACCUUAACUACAGCGAUCUUCCCCUAGAAUUACCAAGUCAUGAAGUUUAUACGAAAUAUACAGACCUGAAAACUACUCCAGGACUUAAAGAAAAGGGAAAUUACUUUAUUGGACCUCAAGGCAGUGAACCUGUGUCCUUUGAUAUCGAUUUUAAUACACCAACAAGCUCAACACCUGCUUCAGCGACCACUACGAACUCAGUUUCAGAGUAUAUUUCUACUCCAUCUACACAGGUGCCUACAUUAACUGAUUUUAUUUAUGACACCACGGAAUCCAAAUUUCCACAGAUUAUCCACCAAUCACACAGAGUUCAUGAACCCUUCAGCUAUGGCGAUGUUAAUAAAUCUAACAGUACAGGAGUAGCUAUACCAGUUUCUGGAAUCGAGGAGAAAUAUUCCUUCUCUCCAAUGUCAUCACUCUCCAACUUUGAACCAAACACAAUGUUCGCAAACCAAAUUUCUAACAUGGACUAUUAUUAUCCUACUAUUAAUUCAGGCAAAGAAGUUGAAAUAGAAGGUGACCAGAAACAAUAUGACACAUACUCACCUCGUCUAUAUGAACCCAAUUUGUCGUCUGCCAGAAGGAUGGAAUCACAAAAUAAUGACAGAAACGCUAUAAUUACAGAGCAAAACAAUAAUUUGAAAUCAGAUGGAUUUUCCUAUAGCUUUGAUACUUCUAAUGGUAUUAACACUGAUGUUAUUGGUACUGCUAAAGAUGGUAUAAAGACAAAAGGAUCUUUCUCUUACACCGGUGAUGAUGGAAAAGUCUACAAGAUGGAAUAUACUGCAGAUGAAAAUGGAUUUCGACCAAGUGGUGCCCAUUUACCUACGCCACCUCCUAUUCCUAAAGAGAUACAAAAAGUUAUUGAACAAGCUUAUAUCAAUAAAGCCGCCGGAAUAGUCGAUGACGGAUCCUACAAUGAAGAAAAGUAUGGAUAUAAGAAUUAUAUGCCUCACAAUGAUAAUAAAGCUACGAAACAAAAUAAAGGGCUUCUUACGAAGAAAACGAUAGUCGAACCUACGAAUAUUUUUGACGAUAAUUUAAAUAACAUUAACAGACCUAGGAUAACUAGUAACGUGCCAUUGAAUAAUAGAAUAAUUCCAGUGCAAGUAAUCUAUGAUCAGGGCUACAGAUAUGAUCGACCACAAAACAAAUUACAUUCACCUGAAGCUAUUGGUAAAGAAACAGAAAUUAACUCAUCGCCAAUACCUCAAAUACGACUAGGUAGCAUCAAAUCUAUGGAUAAUGUUAAUGAUGCAAAUUCAUAUAAUAAUUCACCAAACAAUGAUACCAACAAUUCUGAAAAACCAAAUCUAUUUGGACCAACAGAUGAAGUGAGAAUUUAUGAAAAUAAUCAGCCUAACAAGAAAUAUAAUUAUGAAAGUGAAAAUUAUAAAAGUACAAUUUUUCCAACAACGUAUUAUACGAACUUUAAUCAUUUAAAUGGUGAUCCUAGUUCGGUAACUGAUUCCCAGGCUAAGAUAAUGACAAAUCUUCCAACAACGGCCACACCAAAUUUUUCUAUAGAAAAUGCAAGCACAGAACCAUCAUUUAAGUCAACAUUCAUGUCAGAGGACGACGAAGUGAUAUCGACCGGAAAUCCAAAAUGGGUAACUGCAGCCAGUCCUCGCACGCAAACCAUGCCUGUUUACACUCAAACGCAGGUUCGAGGAGAAGAUUUCAGCGGACCCAAACAAUUACCAACAUAUAAUCCUAAAUAUGGCUAUUAUUAUUAA